AUGAUUCUGCUGGUUCAACUCAUUGACGAGGUUCCACAGGAAAAGGACCACCCCUCCGAGACCUUGAACAUGACGCCCUACCUCCAGCCACGACACACCAUCCAAAACGACGAAGAUGACCUUUCCAGUUGCAGAAAUCAUGAAGAGUCUAAAGAGCGAGCAAAGGGCCUCCAUUUGCUGGCCCCUGACGCCAUCCACGAAACUCAGGUUGAUUCCAGAAAGGUCGACUUCCCGUGGGGUCAGAGACUGGGCAAUUUGGGCAUUGAGACAGCUUAG